ACGUGGGCGAGGAGGCGGACCCGGACGACGCAGACGACGACGAUGAUGCGGAUUACCGGGAGCUGCUGCAAUGCUCCGUCAGCAUCGGCGAGACGUCCUUCGCAAAGAUGCGCGGCGACCACGACCGCGUGCGACGGCAGAGCCUCCGUCACCAGUCAGAUGCCGCCGACGUGUGGGCAGAGCAGCAGAUAAGGUACGAGCGUCUGCUGAGGCGCGCGCGGAUGGAGGAUUACUCAAGCCUCGAGGCACAGCACUUCCUCUACCAGUGCGGCGUCGAUCGCUACGGACGCCACAUCGUCGUCUGCGUCGCGCGAAACUACGCAGCGUCCAAGACCGACUUCGAUCGCUUGACACUGCCUCCCCAUCACAGAUAUCUACUGAGACCACCUNACGGGGAGCAGAGCAGCAGAUAA